AUGCGGCACGGGGAGGGCGGCCGCACCCCCACCAGGCUCCCGGCUGAGUCCCCCCGCCCCGGGAUCCACAAGGAUGGCACCCCGACCUGCACGGAGGACCUGGCCGGGCUGCGGUGCCGCCUGCGGAGGGUGAAGGCGCUGGCCCAGCUGGCCCAGCUGCCGCCCGUCCCCGCCGGGGCCAGCCACAACCUGCGGAGCCGUCUGGAGCAAGCGCGGCAACUGGAGCUGCGGAUCCGUGAGAAGAAAGCGGGAAGCGGAGCCACUCUGGGAGCGGGGCCAUCCGGGGACACUGGGGUGGCAGCUCCUGCAGCAGAGGCCGGCAGUGAGAAGCCCCCCGCGUACCAGCGGUUCCACACCCUCGCGCAGGACCUGCCUCCGGGGCUCACGCUGCCCUACAAGUUCAAGGUGCUGGCGGAGAUGUUCCGCAGCAUGGACACCAUUGCUGGGAUGCUCUUCAACCGUGCCGAGACCAUCACCUUCACGAAGGUCAAGCAGGGGGUGCAGGACAUGAUGCGCAAGCAGUUUGAGGAGCGGCACGUGGGGCAGAUCAAGGCGGUAUACCCCACCUCGUACAGGCUGCGCCAGGAGAAGAACAUCCCCGCCUUCGGCAACGGCGUGAAGAAGUCUGACUACCAGCUCACGCUGGAGCCGGUGCUGGGGGAAGAGGAGAAAGUGGACGGUCGCCCGCACUUGUCGGCGUCGCGCUUGCUGGAACGCAGGAAGGAGUUCAACCGCAACCUGGUGAACAUCGUCAAGCAGCACCACAAGGCAUUCCUGGCCGCCCUCAGCCCUCCCAUGGUGGUGCCGGAGGAGAAGCUGACCCGCUGGCAUCCCCGCUUCAAUGUGGACGAAGUGCCGGACAUCAGCCCGGCAGAGCUGCCGCGGCCGCCCCAGGAGGACAGGCUCACCACGGCCCAGGAGGUGCUGAGCACGGCUCGGGGGAUGCUGACCCCCAAGAUGGAAAAAGCUCUUGCCAACCUGGCCUUAAGAACCGCUGAAGCCGGUGCGGGGGAACCGGUGGCUUCCAAAGUACCGUCCCCUGCCAGCACCUCCAGUGCUCUGAAAGGGGUGUCCCAGGCCCUGCUCGAGAGGAUCCGGGCGAAGGAGGCGCAGAAGCUGCAGGCGCUGAUGACGCGGGAACCGCAGCAGGAGGAGCGGCUCCCCCCGCGCGGGCGGCCGCCCCCCCCCGCCCCCCCCCCCCCCCCCCCCAACGUCUUCGUGGCCGAGAAGAAGCAGGCGCUGACCAUGGAGGUGGCUUGUGCCCGCAUGGCCGACAGCUCCGACGUGCAGAUGCCUCCCGGCGAGAUGGAAAAACACUUGCGCCUCUUCGCAGAGCUGCUGCCCGACUGGGUGGGGAUCCACGCCGUCAGGACGGACACCUACAUCAAACUGGACAAAGGGAAGGACCUCGGCCUCGUCACGGAGAGGCUCACCAGGGCGGCAAAGGAGGCAGAAGCCCUCUGAGCCCCCCCAAGGGUCGAGGAUUCCCCAGUGCAAUCUCCUUUAAAUGUAGC